AAACAACAAUAACAACUAUCACUGACCACAGUAAUACUACUAUUACGUGUCAUUUCAAAGAUACUUUAAACCACCGCAAUUAUUUCACUCUCUCACGUGUAAGCCAACUAAGUAACCUUCCAAACACAAGAAAAAUCAAAAAGUUACCAACCUACUACUGCUAAUACCCAACACAAUGAUCAGUCAACAUACCUCAUUAAAUUAUUCAUCGAGUAAUACUAAUACAUGUAUUCCAUCACAUUAUAGCAGACCACUUUCACCUCCAACUAAUACAUCACUUCCUUCGAUACAUUCCCUGAAAGAAUUUUCUCAUCAACCACAAUACUCUCAGAGUUGUCCAGUUAGAACAGCAACCCAUACUAAUUCACAAUAUCCUCACCACUACUAUCCUUUGACCCAUCACCAUACUAAUAUUGAUCAACAAUAUGCCUAUGCCCCUGUAAAUAAUACUACCAAUCUUUACCAUAAUAACAGUAAUAGUAGUCAUUCAGAUGCUCUGUCGAGUGAAGACAGCAACACAUCUAAUCAGCAUGUAAAUAGAACUUCUCCUUCCCCAAUUAAAGUUAAGAAUAACAAGUCAGAUAACAAACAAAAAGUGAAAUCUCCAAAUACUACUAAUGCUCCUAAUACUACUAAUGGUAUCAAAAAGAAGAGAAAGACUAAAAAGAAUAAGAUUAUCAUUGCAACUUCUGAAUUGGUUAGAUGCAUGACUUUACCACAAACAGUAGCUGCUAAAAAACUGAAAGUUUCUCUCAGUACUUUGAAGAGACGUUUCUAUGAAUUGAGUGUUGGAAGAUGGCCAUCAAUUGCUCCAACAAAUGAACCUGGAUCUUCCUCAAAGACUGAAGAAGACAUGUAUGUGGAAAGUACAGAUGCUACACCAGAACAAAAACUUUCACUUUCAUUCAUUAUGAAUAAGAAAGAAUGUCCAGAAUCGAGUGUAAUUGAUAAUCUUUCAAUGGUCAUUCUGAAAGUUGCCUUUACUUUAAACACAAACGAAGAAAAAUAAAUUA